ACAAAGACGAACGCAAUCUAGUGCGCAUCGGGAUCUCCUCUCUCUCUCUCUCUCUGUCUCUUUCCCAAAUGCCGCGGGCCCACCCCCGCCGCCGCCGCCUCCUCCCCGUCGCCGCGGCGGCGGCCGCCCUCGCGCUCCUCGCUCUGCUCGUCCUCCUGCCCACCGCGCCGCCGGGGGGACCCGCGGCCCCCGCCUCCCUCCUCCGCGCGGCCAUCGCCGCGCACCCGUCCCCCGCCUCCUACGCGCACCCGUGCGCCGACCACCUCUCCCUCUCGCUCCACCGCCUCCGCGCCGCGCUCCCCGCGCUCGAGUCCGGCGACCUGCCGGCCGCGCUCCACCUCGCCUCCGCCUCGCUCCAGUGCCAGUACGACUGCUCCCACCUCCUGUCCCUCCCCGCCUUCCCCUCCCACUCGCUCACCUCCCGCUUCCUCAACUCCCUCACCCCGCAGACGCUAACCGCAUACCCCAAACCCGCCUCCUUCUACUCCACGGUCGCAGCAUUUCCGGCGAGGGUCCGUCCGGCCGCCACCGUCUGCAAGUCCAAUCCGGCGUGCGACUUCUCCAACGUGCAAGACGCCGUCAAUGCCGCGCCGAAUUACACUGCCGGGCACUUCCUCAUCACCGUCUCUGCAGGUAUAUACAAGGAAAACGUCGUAGUUCCGUUCGAGAAGACCAACGUUUUGCUGGUGGGCGAGGGAAUGGGGGCUACCGUGAUCACUGCCUCACGGAGCGUGGGGAUCGAAGGGCUCGGCACUUAUGACACCACGACGGUGGCUGUCGUCGGCGAUGGCUUCCGGGCGAGGGAUAUCACAUUUGAGAACACUGCUGGGGCAGGAGCUCACCAGGCGGUUGCGUUCCGGUCAGACAGCGACCGGUCGGUGCUGGAGAAUGUGGAGUUCCGAGGGCAUCAGGACACCUUGUAUGCUCGCACAAUGCGGCAAUUGUAUCGCCGAUGCCAUAUUACUGGAACUGUGGAUUUUGUAUUUGGGAAUGCCGCAGCUAUGUUUGAGGAAUGCGUGAUUGAGACGGUGCCGCGGGCAGAGGGUUCCGGGAAGAGCGCACGCAAUGUGGUGGCAGCAAAUGGGAGGAUUGAUCCAGGGCAGACCACAGGGUUUGUGUUUCAAAAUUGCACAGUGGAUGGUAGCAAAGAUUUCGUUGUGUUGUUCCAGGCAAAGCCGCAAUCGUACCGGCUCUACUUGGGGCGUCCAUGGAAGGAGUAUGCAAGGACACUAUUUGUCAGCUGUUAUUUAGGCAAGGUUGUCAGGCCGGAGGGUUGGCUUGCUUGGCGAGGGGAUUUUGCACUCAAGACACUGUAUUAUGGGGAGUUUGAUAGUCGAGGCCCUGGUGCAAAUCAGACAUCAAGGGUCGGGUGGAGCAGUCGGACAUCAGAACAGCAUGUCACAUUCUACUCAGUAGAGAACUUUAUUCAAGGACAUGAAUGGAUUGCGUACUAAAUAUAGUAUAGAGUCAAUGUUCAGAUUAGCGAUUCUUGGUGGAGCUUCAGCAGCUAAAUGCUAAAUAUCCAACCCGUGAUGUCCCUGAAUUGCAAGCAAGUCACGCUCCCAGGAUCUGGAGUCAAGUAACUAACUGUAUUGACUUGGUACAUAACCCGAAGUGAUCUGUUUUCUGCUGUUCACAGGUUUUCCUUCAGUUUUUGCUUUGUAUAUUCAGCUACAUUUUUGUAAAUACAUUAUGUGUUUUCUGGAGUGACUACUGAAAUUUGGUUUUGCUGCAGAAUAUCAAGGAACUUGUCUAUUGUAGUUGUGUGGUAUUCAGCAUAUUGUACAUAUGAAAAGCACAUCAUGCCAACUCGACUUGGUAUUGACCUGCAAAAUGUUACAUCCUCAUCAUUGUCAUAAACAGCUCAGUAUGGUACACCUAUUGCAACUGCAAUCUACCUCCCUCCAGCAGUUAAUGCACGCAUUGCAAAUUAAAAUGAGCUCUAGUGACUGCUAUGCAAGAUGAAAAGAAAGAACCACACUUCAUAAUCACUCCACAAUAUAUAGGGCCCAUUUGUGCUUUUUUGUGGAGAUUAAGAUGGCUUAAAGUUCUAGCUGCUUCUUUAUGUUUUGUCGAGAGCUUGAUCUGUAGGCUACUAUUGAAGAAUUGACUAUGAUAUUUUCACGCGGCAUCAUUGCAUUUUUUUGGAGAUCUGUUCCGAAAUCUGAAGCUGUUAGAAAACAAAUUUGUUCAAGUGUUAUCAACAUAAUGUAGCGGUUGUCUGGAUGAUACAUUUUUCUCGUUACAUUUUUCCAAGCAUGCCGGUGUAUCUUAUUUCCUGCAGGAUGAUAACAUGUUCCUGUCAUUAUCACUCUGA